AUGUGGAAGGAAUGGGUGAUGAGGGAAGAGCAUAUGAAUGAAAUGAUGUGGAAGGAAUGGGUGAUGAGGGAAGAGCAUAUGAAUGAAAUGAUGUGGAAGGAAUGGGUGACGAUGGAAGAACAUAUGAAUGAAAUGAUGUGGAAGGAAUGGGUGACGAGGGAAGAGCAUAUGACUGACAUGAUGUGGAAGGAAUGGGUGACGAUGGAAGAACAUAUGAAUAAAAUGAUGUGGAAGGAAUGGGUGACGAGGAAAGAGCAUAUGACUGACAUGAUGUGGAAGGAAUGGGUGACGAUGGAAGAGCAUAUGAAUGAAAUGAUGUGGAAGGAAUGGGUGACGAUGGAAGAGCAUAUGAAUGAAAUGAUGUCGAAGGAAUGGAUGACGAGGGAAGAGCGUAUGAAUGAAAUGAUGUAG